AUGUUAAAAAGAGACCUCACCUAUUUCUGGCAUUCUAUUCAAAUCCAAGCCUUAUAUGGUUACAAACCUAUACAACUGAACCUGAGGCGUGACAACACAAUAGUAGCUGCUGUGGAGGAUUGGGCACAGGAGAGAGUAAGCUGGAAUUCCUUACUCAAGGAGAACCUGUUAAAGGCUCAGAACAGAAUGAAGCAAAUGGCUGAUAAAGGGAGGAGUGACAGGGAGUUUGAAGUGGGAGAGUGGGCUUAUUUGAAGCUCCAACCUUACAGACAAACCUCAGUAGCCGUAAGGAGGAAUCUGAAAUUGACUGCUAAGUACUAUGGGCCUUAUCAGGUGGAACAAAAGGUGGGAACUGUAGCAUACAGGUUGAAGCUACCUCCAAGAUCCACCAUACAUCCUGUUUUUCAUGUUUCAUUGCUCAAGAAGUCACCAAAGGAGGCUCCAGUCAGCACUACUCUGCCUACAUUGAAUGCAGAUAGUGAGUUUGAAGUCACCCCCUCAGCAGUGUUGGAUAGAAGGACAAUCUAUAGGAAGGGUCAGGGAGUAGAGCAGGUGUUGGUACAGUGGGAAAACAUGGAACCUGAGGAAGCCACUUGGGAAGAUUGGACGUUCAUUCAUGCUCAAUUUCCCUUUUUCCAGAUUAAUCAAUCCUAG